AGGCAUGUAUUCCGCUAUCACCUAGUAAGUUAAAAGGAGUAGCCGCAGUGGAGAUUCUAUGAAAACCAAGCUAUUACCCUAAUGCAGUGUGAUACGCAAGAAGAGAGUUUAGUGACACAAGGAAUACAGUUUCGAAGCCGAGACAUGAACCAGCCAUCUAUCCGACAAUCUUCUUGGUGACGGCGAGCAUAGUAUCGACCUCCACCUUGAAAUGCGUCUUCAGACCAGCAUGCGCGCCAGCUUUCUCGAUAAUGGGGAGUAGAGCCGUCGCGAAACCCUUGGAGUCGGUCUUGCCCGGGAGCUGCUUGAGAAGACUUUCGAGUGCCUUCAGCAGUGUGCCGAGCUCCGCGGCUUCUUUCGCACAAACAGCGCACUGCGUCCCGAGCGCAUCGACCUCAUCAACGACCUUCUUGACCGCGGAUGCUUUGAGCUCGCCGUUGAGCUGGUCUAGAGCCUGCUGGAGCUCUUUGGCCUGGCGGCCGACGCGCGUGGCCCAGUAUUCCAGGAAGUCACACCGAGCGGCGUGAUAGUCAAACUUCGCCUGCGCAUCUCUUAUAUAUUCCUGUGCCUCUUCUAGGAUGCUGUUUCCUUUCGUCUCGUGUGCAUGCCCGAUGUGCGAGCCGAAUGGGUUCUGCACGUUCUAUG